UUGUAUCCAUGGUAGAAGCCCGCUCCCCCAUUACCCUUCCCCCUUCGAAACCCUGGUGACCGCCGCCGCCGCCGCCGCCCGAUCCAUGGACCGCCGAGUCCCGCGGACAGUCAUCGACCCCAAGUUCCGGCAGGUGGGCUUCGUCCCCCCGGGCGCCACCCCGCCCCCCGCUCGUUCCCACUCCGUGCCCAACGACGCCCGCUCCUCCUCCGAGCUCUCCCUCUCGGGAAGCUCCCUCUCCCCCGUCAUGAUCCCCCCGCCCCGCCACGCCUCCGCCGACGGCCUCCCUUCCGUCGUCCGCUCCGCCGCCUCCCCCGUCCCCAUCCCCGCCUCCCCGCUCCGCCGGGACACCGUCCAGAUCCCGAUCGGGAGCUACAACCCCUCCGAAUCCCUCCUCGGAUCGUCCCCGAUGAUGUCGCCUUCCCGCCAGCUUGACGCCGUUUCCGAAUUUUCCGACGAUGUGCCGACAUCUGCGCGGCUCGGCAGAAGUGGCUCGGGCAAGUUCGCGUCGUCCUUCCCGUCGAGCAGCGGGGAGAUGAUGACCAUGAAGAUCACUGGCGGCGGCGGCGGCGGGAACACUCCAAAGAGCAGCUUGACGACUGCCUCGGUGGUGAAGGCACUGCCCGGAGUGUCAGAAAAAGAUAGGGGAGCUUUGAUUGAAGUGCAGAAUGAAGGGAUUUCAAAGCCACAGAAACAGAAAACUCAAAAGCUGAGAGGCGUGCCAUUCAAGAGGCUCAGCGUGCAGCGAAGGCUGCCAGCAAAGGAGUCUGGUGAAGCAGUCAAGCCUUCUGCUUCUUCUGGUGGUGCACUUCCUGCUUUAAAACAGGGUAAGGUAGUGAAACCUUCUUCCCAAAAGAAAGAUGGGCCUCAGGUUACAGCUCCAGUUGCAUCUUCUGAAAAGAAGGUUGUUGACCGCAUUCCUGAUAAGGACAGAAAGAAGGAUGUUCCCCACCCUCGUAUGCAAUUUGAUGAUAAACAUCGGGUUGAAAAGGCUAAAAGACGUGCAGUGGUUAAUCAAUCUGAAGCAAGAAAUAGAGUUGAACUAUUCCGGCAUUUGCCUCAGUAUAUCCAUGGAACUCAGCUUCCAGAUCUCGAAUCAAAGUUUUUUCAACUUGAUCCAAUGCAUCCUUCUGUUUACAAGGUUGGACUUCAGUUUUUGUCAGGGGAUAUCUCAGGUGGUAAUGCUCGUUGUAUUGCAAUGCUUUUAGCUUUCCAAGAGGCAAUUAAAGACUACUCUACACCCCCUGAAAAAGUUCUUGUUCGAGAUUUGACUGCAAAAAUCGGUUGUUAUGUGUCAUUUCUGAUUGAAUGUAGGCCCCUUUCUAUUAGCAUGGGAAAUGCUAUUAAAUUUUUGAAGAACAGGAUUGCCAAGUUGCCACAUACACUGUCAGAAUCAGAAGCAAAGUCUACUCUUAUAUCUGAUAUUGAUCGUUUCAUAAAUGAGAAAAUUAUAAUUGCAGAUAAGGUUAUAGUUAGGCAUGCUGUUACAAAGAUUAGAGAUGGUGAUGUUCUACUCACAUACGGGUCAUCCUCCAUUGUUGAAAUGAUAUUAUUAUAUGCUCAUGAGCUUGGAAAGCAAUUCCGUGUGGUAGUAGUUGACUCCCGUCCAACGCUUGAAGGGCAGGCAUUGCUCCAUAAAUUGGUGGCAAAGGGCCUUAAUUGUACAUAUACACAUAUAAAUGCCAUCUCAUAUGUUAUGCAUGAAGUCACACGAGUUUUUCUAGGAGCUUCAUCAGUCUUAUCUAAUGGAACAGUUUACUCAAGAGUUGGAACGGCAUGUGUAGCUAUGGUUGCAAAUGCCUUCCAGGUUCCUGUUCUAAUAUGUUGUGAGGCAUAUAAAUUUCAUGAAAGGGUGCAGCUUGACUCUAUAUGCUCUAAUGAACUUGGUGAUCCAGAUGUCAUUUCUAAGGUUCCCGGACGGAACGAUUUGAAUCAUCUGCAUAGUUGGGCUGACAAUGAGAAUCUGCAACUUCUAAAUCUCAUCUAUGAUGCAACACCUUCGGACUAUAUAUCAAUGAUCAUCACAGAUUAUGGAAUGAUCCCACCAACAAGUGUGCCAGUCAUUGUGCGUGAAUAUCGUAGAGAACACUUAUGGAUAUAAAGGUGUCCUUUGUCCAUUGCCAUCCAGUGAUCUCCGUAAUCUGAAUAGAUAUCCAAUGAAGCCACUUUGUUCUCUUCUUAUAAAAAUGUUUGAGGAGCAUUAAGGAUAAGCAGUCGGGUUCAGUUUGCUGCUUUGCUCUGAACAGCCCAUCCAUGACCUUAAAGCCACUUAAUUUUUGGAUGUACCACAACUGAAGUGUCCUGUGUGUGGCGCCCUGCAUGGUGACAGUAAAUUGAAUUAAUUUAUGGUUAUGCUCAGCAGCCUCAUUCCUACUCACAAUCCACAGCAAAGUCUCCGUAAGGUGAAUGAUUCUUUCUUGAUUUGCUUUUUUAACUUUAAACUUCUGCUGUCUAUAUCAUGAUCGAGCCUGAUACCAUGGAGAGGGCUCUAUUGGUUAAAUUAUUGGUUAUAUUAGGUACAACAUCAGCAUCUUUUGAUUUCAGUCACCAGGACACAGCCAAAAUACUAGUGGUCCUCAUGCUCGAAUUCUUAGAACAUAGAGAUCCUGGGACCAUCCGCACUUAAGGUUGAUGGUACUCUGGGUCUUCUCUUGAGAUUUAUUUCGUUCAUUAAUUGAAUUAGGAUCGGAAUGGAUUAGAAUGAAAAUUGGAGCGGUUA